CAGCUGUGCCACCGUGGUGUGAAUUAAAGCAGAGUAAUAACAUGGACAGGACUGAGUAAUGAGAGAGUGCUGAGUGAAUAAGCAGCGUCGGUGUUAUUGUUCUGAGAGACUUGGCUCUAACUUUGGAAUUUGAAGGACAGGAUAUCGACCUUUUACGGAUGUGCAGAGUCCCUGUCAGUCUCUCAGGGAAGGCAUUACUGCUUCACUCUGUCGUCACUUAUCACCUCAGACGUCUCGGUGGUUAACCCUAACGUGCUGACGUCCAGAGGAUGGCAUCACCCUUUGUGCCUGUUCCCGUGCCCAUGGACCGAGCCUUAUCAGUAGGUGGCAGCAAGUUGAGGCGACCGCACCGGGCUUCCUCUCUUGGCAGCGUCUCCAGCAGCUCCGAGGACCAGGGAAGAGGAUGCGGCUCCCAACGCCAAUCCCGCGGCGUGGACAGAGGCAGCCGCAGCCGGACGCCGCCGCCCCUUCAGAGUCCUGUGACGCGGGGCAGGGUCAACGGGACUCUGGAGCCCACCAUGGAAUAUUCCAGCUGCCCUCGCUCUGUAUCGGAUCCUUCUGGGAGUCAGCAAUGCGACGAGCGACCCAUCACCCCGACUGUCCUGGGAUAUGAAGUGAUGGAAGAAAGAGCCAAAUUCACGGUGUACAAGGUCCUGGUGAGGAAGACUCCAGAUGAGAGCUGGGUUGUCUUUAGGAGGUACACAGACUUCUCUCGACUCAACGACAAGCUGAAGGAGAUGUUCCCAGGCUUCCGUCUCUCGCUGCCCCCCAAACGAUGGUUCAAAGACAACUACGACAGUGACUUCCUGGAGGACAGACAGCUAGGACUGCAGGCCUUCUUGCAAAACCUGGUCGCCCAUAAAGACAUUUCCAACAGCCAGGCAGUCAGAGAGUUUCUAUGCCUGGAUGACCCACCUGGGCCUUUUGAUAGUUUGGAGGAGAGUCGGGCGUUCUGUGAAACGCUAGAGGAGAGCAACUACCGUCUUCAGAAAGAGCUGAUGGAAAAACAAAGGGAAAUUGACGCUCUCAAGAGGAGGCUGCAGGAACGGGAGCAGGCCAUUCUUCUCCUGGAGAAACACAUCAGUGGAGUGUGCGUGAGCCCGGAGUCUCCGAGUGCACUCUCAGCUCAGGGCAGCGAGAGCAGCGCGGAUGCAGAUGUGGAGUCGUCUGCUGCAGAGGCCGACCAGGAUUUGCCCGACGACACUGGCAUCGCCGAUCCAAUUUGAAACAAACAAAAAAAGAGAGAGAGACCCAUAACAUAGGCAAAUGCGAGGUGCAGCUGGUGCGAUCGUCCGCCUGCUGGUGUGGCCCGUCACUCAGCUCCUCUCCUCCGGUCAUUCAGGUCACUCAGCUCUACCAGUAGGGGGCUGGGAGUCUCGCCAGAAGGCUGUUGGAUGACGGCGCCUCCUCUUGGCCUCGUUUAAACAUCGAAACUCUUUAAAAUUGUAACUCACUGCACGACCUUGCUCCGGGGAACGGACGUCACUUCUAACUCAUGGUAAAGGAUGCAGAAGGAAGCAUUUCUAUGACUUACUCUACGAAUAUAUCUCAUAUAUUAACAACUGGACUUAAAAGUUACUAUUGCUAUAACGUGCAGGGAUUUCCAGGUAGUCACUUUUGGACUUUUUUUUUUUCUUUUGAGAAGCAAUAUAAAAACCGAAGAUUCAAUACGAUUUAUGAACUAUCUCAACAGUGACAAUCUAAAGAGAACACCAGUCUAUAAUGCAGACAGGCGUUACAGAGCCGCCGCCCUCCUCUCUAACCCGACACACGACUCACCGGCACGUCCACAGAAGUGAGAAACAUCUGCAUAAAUAAACGUCUCAGGAGAUCUGCGCCGCCAAACCCGGAUGGUUUGGUUGAAGAUUAACAAUCGCAGCACCGUCAGGCGGCGUGACUGACAUGACUCCCCUCGCUCUCUGGUGUUUACAGUGUCAAAGUCAAUUUACACCUUUAACAUUCCCCCCCCCCCAGUUGGUUUUUCACAAUGCGUCCACCGAGAGGCGUAAAAUGCGGCCUGUGGAUAUAAAGCUUUAAAUUAACACUUUUUUUUUUUGCUAAUGCACUUUCACCUACGCGUUUCUUCACCUCUGAUGGCUUUAUUCUUGAAACCUUGGAUUUAAGCCGUCGCCACAUUAACGCGACUGUUUUAAGGAUUUUUUUUAAUAUAGAAACUUGAUAUAGACUGGUAAAAAAAAAAACCAAAUUGCUGAGAUGCCACUAUUGCCUACAUUUGUUUUCGACAGUGAAGAUGUUUUGGAAGGCAAUAAGACCACUCCCGUGAUUAGCUUACUUAGCUUACUCACUGUAAGUCAUUCAUCUCUUUUUUUUGUUUGUUUUUUUGUUUGUUUUUUGCUCGUUGCAUUGUCAGGAUGAUUUAAUGUAAAUAUGUACAGAUGCAGGUUUGAAGAAACGUCCGUAGACUUCCUGAAAAUGAGAACUAAUAGCUCUAAACUGUAAUUUUGAGUGAAAUGUCUGAAGCUAACACUAAGCUAAAUCCGACUUCUUCACAACUGAUUUCAUGCCUCCUCGUAAACAUCUGGGGAACCGGGGGAUGCUAACUUGCUAACUCUGGUUGAUUCUUCUCUUCACGUCAGCCAUUUUUACUAGCAGACUGACGUGGACUGCAGGCAGGCCAGUAUAUAACGACGCACUUUCGAAAUUGUGCAGAAUUGCGCCGUACCGCUGUUUUACUGGGAAAUCCGUGGAGUUCCUGGGAACGUUAAUGUCCUGAAAUUUCAAAUCCACGACUGCAUCGCGGAAAUGGAGGCUGAAGGCAAAUGUAAAAUUGCCACAUCUUGUCCAUUCCUACAGAAACUUCCCAAGCCUUUCAGAGGGGACGGAAAGAAUUUUGAAUUUUGAAUUAAGCUGAUGCUAAAUCCUCAUUAAAUCUGCGUCUUCCUCCACCGCCAUUUAUAGGUAUCUAUCUCAUAAGAUUUCUUCCUUUAACACAGUACGGGUUGAAGAAGUUGAAUUGUACCUAAGCUGCUCAAACUCUUGGAAUGAGAUUUUUUUUAUUUCCAGUAGAGAUUCCUUUAAAAGUAAUAGAGGCAGUGGCAGAAGUAGAUUCAGAUUCUGAAAAAAAAAACCUUAUGCCAUAUCUGUAAAUUUUCCUACUGUUCAGCUAAAAUGUCUCUUUUUGGAACCCUGGAAAUCUUUUUUAUUUGUCUUUGUUCUUUUUUAUUUUUACAUUUCGUUGUCAACCUCACCUCUAUACCUCUGUGAAGGGGGCGGUGGCUGACGCUGCCAUAUAUCACUCUAGUGGUGCUAAUGUACCCUGGGAGGGGCAGAGAGUUAACCUGUGAGCAAAAAACUCUUCUGCGAGAAGUUGAACCACGAUCGGAUACAUGCAAUAUACACACCUCUACAAGCCAUAUUCUUGGACCUAAAAAAAAAAAAAAAAGUAAGGUCCUCAUACGCGUGUGCCAGCUAAUACAUAUAUAAAUAUAUAUAUACAUGUCUGUAUAUAUGUAUGUGUGUAUAUAUGUAUGUAUAUAUGUAUAUAUUGCCACUCACUGUCUUCGAUAUUUACCCUAGUGGAGGUGACGUAAUGCACUUUAAGGAUGAACGACGACUUACAUUGGAUUUGGAUUUUAUCCCUUCAUCGUACGAGAUGGAAACGUGCCUUCGCGCUCUCUGAAUUAUUCUUCAUUUUCGCCCGCGUUCAAAUUCGAUUCAUGUCGACAAAUUUUUAUUUUUUUUUUUCUGUUAUUUUUCUGUGAGUUUCCUGUGUACUUAUUAAGUGCCUUGAAUAUAUUUCACUUGAUGUUCUUCGUUCGCUGUGUCUUUUGAACUGUUGUGCAAGUGUGUUGUUCUGAUGGAAAUUGUGCUGGGUUACGGUGUAUGUCACUGCUUCAGCUAGACUGAAUGUUAUGGAUUUUACUCAAAGGAAAUGAUGGAUAAGUGUACUGUGUACUGUUGCACUAAAAAAAAAAAAAAAAAAGAUUUAUACACUAUUUCUUUGGUAUCACUGUGGUCCUGGUUUUCAAAAUCACUAAAAAUCUAGUAUGGCAUGGACACGAAGAAGGUUCUCACUUGUACCUUGACC